AGCGCUGGAAUCGGAAUCAAAACGAAGUAUUCAUAGACCGUUUUGGCUGUACACGUUGCUAAUUUUAUUUUGUAGAUGUUUUAUUUUGUAAUUAGUCGUUUAGUUCAGUGUCAAAUAGGUUUUUAAACUCUGUUGAGUUUCAAAUUUCAUUAAAACGAUAAACUAAAAAGAGAACGCAAUAAUGGGGCUGUACAAUUUUAAGAAAAUCGCGGUUGUACCCACCGCAAAGGACUUUAUUGAUAUAAUCUUAUCAAAGACACAACGCAAAACCCCGACUGUUGUACACAAAAGUUAUAAAAUUGCAAGGAUACGUGCAUUUUACAUGCGUAAAGUGAAAUUUACGCAACAGAACUUUCAUGACAGACUGUCUCAAAUCAUACAGGAAUUUCCUAAAUUAGACGAUGUUCAUCCAUUUUAUGCUGAUUUAAUGAACGUUCUUUAUGAUAAAGAUCAUUACAAAUUAGCUCUUGGUCAAAUAAACAUAGCAAGGCAUUUAAUUGAUAACGUUGCAAAAGAUUAUGUCCGUUUAAUGAAAUAUGGAGAUUCUCUAUACCGAUGUAAACAAUUGAAGAAAGCUGCUUUAGGUCGCAUGGCGACUAUUAUGAAAAGGCAAGCAGCAAAUCUGGCGUAUUUAGAACAAGUACGUCAACAUUUAGCUCGUUUACCUAGUAUAGAUCCUUAUACACGUACCAUUAUAAUAUGUGGCUUCCCAAAUGUUGGUAAAAGCAGUUUCAUUAACAAGAUAACACGUGCUGAUGUUGAAGUUCAACCAUAUGCAUUUACUACAAAGUCAUUAUAUGUUGGUCAUACAGAUUACAAAUAUUUAAGAUGGCAAGUAGUUGAUACACCCGGAAUUUUAGAUCAUCCGCUUGAAGAAAGAAAUGUAAUAGAAAUGCAGGCAAUAACUGCACUUGCGCAUUUACGAGCGGCUGUACUUUAUUUUUGUGAUAUAUCGGAACAAUGUGGUCACAGCUUAGAAGAACAGGUAAAAUUAUUCGAAUCCAUCAAACCUCUGUUUGUUAACAAGCCUCUGACAGUUGUGGUAAAUAAGGUGGAUAUUCUACACCUGGAAGAACUUCCACAUGAAAAACAGGCACUUUUAAAAUCAUUAGAGGAUAAAGAUGUCCCAGUAUUGGAAAUGAGUACGAUUACUGAUUUUGGUGUAAUGGACGUGAAAAUACAAGCGUGUGAACGUCUGCUAGCCUUCCGUGUUGAUCAGAAGAUAAGGACGAAAAAGGUAGAGGGACUGCUUAAUCGUUUACAUGUUGCACAACCGGUACCGAGGGAUGAAAAGAUUCGCGCUCCUUGUAUUCCUGAAAGCGUUUUAAGAAAGAGGAGAGAAGGAUUGAAAGCAAAACGAAAAUUAGAACGAGAAAUGGAGGAAGAAAUGGGAGAUGAUUAUGUGCUCGAUUUGAAGAAGAACUACGAUAUCGAGGGCGAUCAAAAAUAUGAUAUUAUCCCAGAAAUUUGGGAAGGACACAAUAUUGCUGAUUAUAUUGAUUCAGAUAUAUUUGAUAAAUUAAAUGAACUGGAAAGAGAGGAACAGCUACGUGAAGAAGCAGGAAUGUACGAUUAUAAAGUGCCCCAGUUGUCCGAUACGAUGCGCGAUAUUGUGCAAAUGGCUAAGCAAAUUCGAGAAAAGAAGGCCAUUAUGAAAGACGAAGCCCGAAUACAGAAGGCUUCUACAAAACCUGUAAUGCCGCGCACAGCAAUGGUCAAACUUCGUGACAGAUCGGUAUCGAAAUUGAAAAGACAAAUGGAAGAUUUAGGUAUCGAUAUGGAAAACACUGAAAACGCACAUUUCACCAAGACAAGAGGACGUUCAAGAUCACUAUCGCAACCAGCUGCGAAACGUAUGAGACUACAAUCUGAGUCUCAAUCAAGAGCUAGAAGUAGUUCAAGACCUGCGCGAGAUGAAAUGGGUGUGAAAGAUUCUGCCAUGAAGACUAAAUUAAAGAACAUUGCGCAUAAAGCUUUGAAGAAAAAGAUAGCGAAGAAAGGAUUGAAGGGAGAAGCAGAUCGAUUCAUCGGCACGAAAAUGCCAAAACAUUUGUUUUCGGGAAAACGAGGCGUCGGCAAAACUGACAGAAGAUAAUAUUUCACGUCGUUAUUUUCAAUUUUUGUUACGUGAUUCUUGUUGUGCGAAGAAACAAAAUAUUGUAACAUUUAUAACAAUGUCUGUAAAGAGUUAAUUAAACUCGUGGAUAACGCAACUACAUGAA